AUGGGUCGCACUACUAAACAAUUGAAAGACGUUGAAUUUGACAUUGAAAGUGGUGAGAACACAAGCGAAGAGGAUACAAGCAAUGAUGAGAGAGAUUCAAAGAAUGGUUUUCCUUGGUCAUGGAAUGGGGUUCUGCAUACAGAUGGAUUAGAAAAGGGUAAAAAUGGAAUUGAAUCAUGUAGUAGUUCUUCAAAUUCGGAUGAUUUUGUUGGUGUAGAUGAUUAUAAUUUAGAAUUGUUGGUGGAAAAUGGAAAACUUGGAAAACAAAAGAAUAAGUUCAGUAAUAAUCCAAGAAAGCCUCAAAAGCCACCUUUGCCUCCUAAAGGUCCAUCUUUGCAUGCUGGUGAUCAUAGAUUUGUGAAGGAAUUAGCUGAACUUGCGUUGAGGAAGCGCGCGAGGGUUAAGAAAAUGAAUGCGGUUAAAAAGAUGAAUGCAGGCAAAUCAUCUUCGACGUCAUCGUAUACAAAUCUUUCUGCCAUGGUUAUCACUAUUGUUUUCUUCCUCGUCAUCAUACUCCAAGGAAUCAAAUCUGCAAGUAGUGCAGCAGUUGAGCUAACAGAUUCCCCUGAGACUACGGUUGUAGCAGAUGAAAGUUUAAUUUCAAUUCAGCAUCCCGCGAACUUCAACUCAAGUGACGGAUAUGGACCUGGUUCUCACUUCCCACGUUUGCAGGAAGGAUGA